AUGUAUUCAAGCGAAAGCUCUCCCCAUAACAGCGCUAUUAGUACGUCAAGACUCUUUUGGACGAUCUUUCUUCUGUUAAUUUCCUCGUUGUACCUUUAUGUUGCAAUAAAAGACUACCGAAAUUGGCGACAUUUGCGUGAUGCAUUUUUUACAAGAAAAAAGAGAAAAUCAUCCAAUUUACAAAACAUCAUACCACAACAACAAAACCCUCUUGUCUUUGUUCCAUUCAUUCCAAUCGCCUUCAUAUAUUUACUUGUAAGAAUUGCCUGGGAUGCCUUUAGACUAUUUGUAUUUUACUCGCUAGAUAUCGCAGAAGCAAGUGUAUACUAUUUGAUUGAUUUUAUUAAAUGGAGUGCUACGAUGAUGCCGAAGUUUGUAUCGGCGAUUCACGCAGGAUUUCAUUCUUACAUUAAAAUACCGUUUUUCCGAUUCGCGAAAGCAUCCAUUGAUUGGAUGCAAACAUGCGCGUGGCCUGUUAUCAAGCAUUGUAGCAUUGUUACUUAUCGAUUUUCUGUUGAUGUGGCAGAGAGCGGUAAAGUAUUAGCAAAAGAACUUUAUAGAAGCAGCGUUCAACUUUUAAGAAUCGGCUGGAGAGAAGUUGGAUACCCUGCUUGUAUGUUCUUGGUUCGGCUUUUCGAUGCGUUGGUGGUAGAGCCAGUGGAAUGGAUCAUUCCGAGAGCGAUUUAUCUACAACGAAUCAUGUGGUUUUGUGCAUGUUCUCUUGCACGAGAUUUAUCAGAAGAUUUUAGAGAUCUUUGUAUUUUUACAUGGAAAGUUUCAACUACGGCUUGGGUCAAAAUAUUGUAUCCUACUGCUCUAUUUGUCGAAAAAUUAAUAGUUGACUGGUAUCAAGAAGUAAUCUCAAGCGGAAUAUUACUGGCUAUCUUCUUGUAUAAACACUUAAUCCUUGCUAGUAUUUGCGAAGCGACUUGGCUUUUCAUUGAAAUUUUGCAAGAUCCGAUUAUUCGCUCUACCAUCAAAAGUGUUUACUUGUUUAUUUACGAGGGAACCUUACUCUCCCGCAUUAAACAAAAGAUCAUCAGCCUUAUCCCAGAAAUUGGAGAGAAUGUUAGAAGAUCAAUGCUUGGCACGAUAGAAGGAAUCUCCUAUGCAUACGUCGAUAUAUACAUUUUUUCUUUGUGGUCAAAAGACAUUGUUAUUCCCACUUUACGUGCUAUUCCUAUCAUUCACGCGAAUCUAAAGAAGAUUUCCACGACUGUGUAUUAUUUUGCUCGACAAAAUUUAAUCGAGACAUGCCAAAAGUUAUGGGCCAUUUUCGGUCCAUUAAUACGUCCUAUUAUUACAAGCCUUGGUAUUUUCUAUACUACUGUUAUUCUCGUCGUGAUUUUAGCCACGAUCCGAACAUCAAAAGCCGCAUUUGCAUGGAGCGUAGUGACACUUGUGUAUCUUUGGCACCAGUCCUUAAUAACAUUUGGCGUGACAUUCAACCUUUUAAGUCUGUUUUAUCAAUCAAUUCACCCCCAUCUCACCUCUUUUACAAAUACUUUGAUAAGCAUCUCAAGGUCCGUCUUCGCCAAUGUUUCAGAAGCUUGGGUUUUAUAUUUCCCUCAUGUCCUUGAAAAUGUCACGAAAUUUCUCGCGGUUCAGCUUCAAGCAAUCAGAGAUUUCGGAUAUGAAACUUAUGCUCUGUAUCAUCCAUUAAUAAUUAGUUACAAAGAACGUGUUGCACAGUUUGCCGACGAGGCAGUUGUUACAAUUGGCCAGGCGAUGAUCGAGUGGACAAAGAAGGAAAAGGAAUUAAGGAUGUCUAUUUACGUAAAUAGUGACAAUGAAUGA